CGUUGUGCUUUUCCGGUGUCACAGGUCAACUCGUCCGACAAGAAGCAGGGAAUCCAAGGAAAAAUUACGGACACCGACUGAAAAAAAAAAAAAAACACAAUUAUAAUCAUGUCUCACACAAUCCUGCUGGUUCAGCCCACCAAGAGGCCAGAGGGGAGGACGUACGCCGACUAUGAAUCUGUCAACGAGUGCAUGGAAGGUGUCUGCAAGAUGUACGAGGAGCAUUUAAAGAGGAUGAACCCCAACAGUCCGUCGAUAACGUACGACAUCAGCCAGCUGUUUGACUUCAUCGAUGACCUGGCCGACCUCAGCUGUUUGGUGUAUCGCGCCGACACACAGACGUACCAGCCGUACAACAAGGACUGGAUCAAAGAGAAGAUCUACGUGCUGCUCCGCCGUCAGGCCCAGCAGGCAGCCAAGUGAAGUCCUGGGGGGGGGGGGUCUAUUAUUUUACGAUCUGUAACUUGUGUUCAAAUAGUUUGAGUAACAUGUUUUGAAAGGUUUUUGACUACGUUUUCUUUUCUAAGUUUUUGUUUUGUUUGUUUUUUUUUCUCAUCAAGGAGGGUGUAUUUUAAUGUUUGCCUU